GCGGCAGGUUAUCUCCUUUGCAAGAACUACCAAUCCCAGAGGCGCUCCUAGAGCAGCACCCCGAUAUGGGGCGGCCGGCUGGCCGGCGACUAUUAAUUACUACGCGCUGACUUGGCUCAGGAGUACAAGUCUGAAGCGAAACUAUGGCCGAAGCAGAUCCCAGCUCGUUCGCUUUUCCCGACUCCUGCCGCACGCACCAUCUUUACCUGCGCUGCCGCGUGGACUUCGAGAGCCACUCUCUGCGGGGGACUGCGGCCCUCACCGUGCGGGCGGAACGCGACAACCUGCGUUGCUUGAUUCUGGACACAAAGGAUCUAACAAUACACAAAGUACUUGUCAAUGGACAGGAGGCAUUGUUUGCUCUUGGGGAACGUCAUAGCUUCAAAGGAACACCAAUGGAAAUCACUCUGCCCUUUGAGCUGGGGAAGGGGCAAGAUGUGGUCAUAGAUAUCUCAUUUGAAACUUCUCCAAAGUCCUCAGCACUCCAGUGGCUUGCUCCAGAGCAAACAUCUGGAAGAAUACAUCCAUUUCUCUUUAGCCAGUGUCAGGCUCAUCACUGUAGAGCUGUUCUUCCCUGCCAAGAUACUCCUUCAGUGAAAUUAACAUACUAUGCAGAGGUAUCCGUUCCAAAUGAGCUGGUGGCUCUUAUGAGUGCUAAAAGAGAUGGAGAAAAGCCUGAUCCAGAAGAUAGCACUAGGAAGAUAUAUCGUUUUAGUCAGCCGGUUCCAAUACCUAGUUAUUUGAUUGCUUUAGUUGUUGGUGCUUUGGAAAGCAGAGAGAUUGGCCCAAGAACCUUGGUAUGGGCUGAAAAGGAGUUGGUAGAAAAAUCGGCAUAUGAAUUUGCAGAGACUGAAGCUAUGUUGAAAAUAGCAGAAGACCUUGCAGGACCCUAUGUGUGGGGUCACUAUGACUUGCUAGUUUUACCACCAUCAUUUCCAUAUGGCGGUAUGGAGAAUCCCUGCCUUACAUUUGUGACUCCUACAUUACUGGCUGGUGACAGAUCACUAUCAAGUGUUAUUGCUCAUGAAAUUUCUCACAGCUGGACAGGGAAUUUGGUAACGAACAAAACCUGGGAGCAUUUUUGGCUAAAUGAAGGACACACUGUUUAUCUGGAGCGCCGGAUUGGCGGUCAGCUGUUUGGUGAACAGUUCAGGCAGUUCCAGUCUCUGGGAGGCUGGAGGGAAUUACAAAAUACUAUAAAUACACUUGGAGGAACAAAUCCUUUGACUAAUCUGAUCCCAAACCUGAAAGAAGUAGACCCUGAUGUUGCAUAUUCUUCUGUUCCAUAUGAGAAAGGUUCUGCUUUACUGCUUCAUCUUGAGCAACUCCUUGGAGGACCAGAUAUCUUCAUUGGCUUCUUGAGGGCUUACAUCCAGCAGUUUGCAUACAAGAGUAUAAUGACUGAUGACUGGAAGAAUUUCCUGUACUCCUAUUUCACAGACAAGGUUGCCAUUCUUGAUACAGUGGACUGGGAUGCAUGGCUGAACACCCCUGGCAUGCCACCAGUAAAACCAAAGUACGAUAUGACUCUAUCAAAUGCUUGUGUAGCCUUGAGCCAACGAUGGAUACAGGCCAAUGAAAGUGACCUCAGCUCCUUCAGCUCAGCUGAUAUAAAACAAAUGUCCUCCCACCAGUUUAUUGAAUUUCUUGCACUGCUGUUACUGGAGAACCCUCUUCCAGUGAGCCAUGUAAGACGAAUGCAGGAAGUUUACAACUUCAAUGCAGUGAACAACUCUGAAAUUAGAUUCAGGUGGUUGCGCCUCUGCAUCCAAGCCAAAUGGGAAGAUGCCAUUCCUCUAGCUCUGAAGAUGGCUACAGAACAAGGCAGAAUGAAGUUUACUCGCCCCUUGUUCAAGGACCUCUAUAAAUUCAACCAAUCACGUGAUCAAGCUGUCAGUGCUUUUCAGCAGCAUCAAGCCAAAAUGCACCCAGUGACUGCGAUGUUGGUUGCCAGAGACUUGGAAGUGGCUGGACAAACAGCCUAACAUUUACAGAAUUCUGAGGCCUAACUCCUGCGGAAUCUUUUCUGUCCUCCCGAAUUUCUUCUGUUCCCGCCUCCCUCAAUCAUGAUAACUUGCUUGUUUGAUUACUAACCCAAAUUUCUUUUCUGAAGCUGAAAAAAUAAAGCUUUUAUACUGUUGCUGUACAGCUUUUACAAAAUAUUUUGACAUGAUAUUUGCCAGCGCAACCCACAGUGUACCAUUUUGCUACCUGUACUGCUUAUUCAAAGAAUACAUCUUUUUUGAUAGAUCACCUUGCAUUUUUGUAAACAUAAUUAAACUUGUAUAACUUAACUCUGUGCAAAACUAACUUGCAAAUUAACAACAUAUCCUGCUGAUGCUCUGUAUUUCUAAAAAAAAGUUGCUGUGAGCAGUUUUCACAUAGUGUUCAAGAUAGUAUUUCGGAAGAAUUAUUUGUGAAUGUCUUGCUCAUCCUUCUUUCCCUUGUAGAGAAGUGAGCAGUGUGUUUUCCCGAAACAGAAGUUAAGAAAUGAAUCUGUACCACCUGUCUGGAGGAUGUAAGCAGAGGCCAGAAUGUCCAUUUGGCAUUUAUGGCUGGUUUCCUCUAAUCAGGAAGUUUCUCCCUUACACCAUUCUUUUGUGGGGAUUGCUGGGAAGCAUGAGUCAUGUUAAGACCGUAUACUGAUCAAUUCCUUGUCUUUGAAGAAUGUAUACAUGGUUGUCAUUUACUUCAGUGAUUGAGCUCCGUGCCCUGAACCUCCUGUUGUAUAUGCAGGUUUCCUAUAGAGCUUUACAUAUGGAACUAUAAGCUAGUUAAAAUUUCUGAGCAGUUUAUCAGCAUGAUUUAAAAGGCAGUCUCUGAAAAUGUAAUGACUACAUGCAUUUUUUUUGUAUGCAGCUUACUAGAAAAAUCUACUAAACACAUUGCCUGAAUUCAGAUAUGCUCACAAAUGUUUUCAUUGCCAAAUAAAUCCAUGUUUAGCACUGUCAGGCUUGCUAUCCAAAUGACGCUUGUUUAGAUUGCUGUGGUCUAAAGGUUAUGUUUUGAUAGUUACUUCAUGACCUACAUGCUCCAUUGACCUCCAAGUUCAUAGAACAUGCAAACAAUACAUUUGAAUAGCAUUUAUUAUAUCAUAUGGUGCCCUUAAUACCAGAGAAUGCAUUUAGUAUGUAAUUUCUGAGGUCAGGUCCACAUGCAUCAUGAACACAGUGACUUCCUUAUAAGCAAUAACAAGCUGUCAUAAUAACUUAGAAUCCUGAGAGAUUAGGCUGUUCAUGCUAAUAUUUAGACAUAAUUUUAGUUUGGUGGGUCUGGUGAGAAUGGCAGUCAUUAAUACAUUUUUCCCCACGUGUCAGCUGCUUUGGCUUUGCUUGGAAAUGUAAAUCUUUUGGAUAAACAUCCUUAUUGUU